AUGUCUCAAGACUUAUACACUUCGCCUGUGAUAGUGGGACAUAGAGGAUUUAAGGCAAAAUACACAGAGAAUACCUUGGAGGGCUUCAACAAAUGCUUCGACUCUGGUGCCACUUGUAUUGAAACAGAUUUGUGGAAGACUCUAGAUGAUGUAUUGGUUAUUUCGCAUGAUGCUAAUACAAAACGUGUGUUUUGUCACGAGAAUAACGAACCUGCAGAUUAUCAUAUUCCUUCAGCAACAUAUGAUGAUAUAAAGGACUUGAAAACAAUAGGUUCUGGAGAGAAGUUACUAAAAUUUACUGAUGUUUUAAAGUGGUAUGUUGAGUACGUGGAGGAAAAGGAUUCUAAUGUUCACAAGUUACAGUUAGACAUUAAAAAGGAGAACCCAGUAAAGAUUGUGAAGUUAAUUGUUCAAGAUCUAUUAUCUGUCAGGGAUAACAUAGGCUGGUGGUUACAUAGAAUCCAAUUUGGAACAUGGAACUUAAAUGUUCUUAAAUUUUUGAACCAGGAUCCUUAUUUCCAAAAAGUUUUUAACAAAGAUGUUAAAAAUAAAUUUGGAUUAAAGCAGUUUGACAUAUUUCAUAUUUCAUUCGAUUGGAGAGAUUCUAUCCACUUUAUCAACUAUAACUUUUAUGUGGAUCAUUUACCGAAUGAUGGUCUGUUCCGUUUUAAGUUGACUGGAGUGUCUCUAGUUUAUAUAAGUACUUGGUCCCUUGGAUUUUUAACAAAAUUUGUCCCUUUACUUAAGGUACAAGAUUUGAAACUUUACUCAUGGACAAUCAAUACGAAGGCGCAAUAUGAAUAUUUGGAUCAAGUGGGGAGAUCUGCCGACCUCAAAGAGUACGGUGUCGUAACGGAUCUGCCUGAUUACAUGGUCGAAGUCAAGAAUGGAGUCGAAUUGGAAGAUAGUGAUAUGGACUCAGAACUUACAAGACUCACGUCUUCUGAUGAGUUCUUUGGUAAAGAUGGCUCUUUGGCCAUCAAUCUUAGCAUUAGACAAAGAUUGGCUUAUUCAAUAAUGAAACUUUUCCAAUCGAUUGCUGGUCCCAAAAGGAUAUCUGACGAGGAAAAGAAGUUUAAUACCCGGGUAGAUGAGAACUCGGUUACUCGAAUACGCGUUAAUCUGUUCUAUGUUUGGGCAUUCAGGACGUGUCAGAGUUAUGGUAUUUUCUAG